AUAUAAUUAAAUAUUAUAAGUUUAAUGGUUUUGAUUUUAUAUUAAAAUAUGAAACUUAUAACUUGUUGAAUAAGUAAAAAUGAUAGAAUUAUUAAAAGACUCUAGUGUAAUACUUUGUAUAUUUUUUAUGUUUAUAUUAUGGUUGAUAAUUUAUAAAAAAUUCAAUGACUUCACUACGAAAUGUAUGGCAAUAUAUUCAACAAGUUCACUGAGUAUACCGGAAAUGAAUGCUUUAUUUAAUUCAUUGACUAGUGGGUUAUUUUGUUUAAUUAGUGUUCCAUUAUGUUUUUCUACAUUCAAAACUACAAAUCAUGAUUCAACUUUUAUAUUUUGGAUUUUAAAAUCAUUUAGUCAAAUAUUAGAUGAAUGCAAAACAGAUGAAAAAGUUGAUCCAUCUAGAAAUUUUAAAUUUAUCAUAAUGUAUUCAUGUCUUUUACAUAGUGUCUACUCAUCAUUUUCUGAAUUUAUUAUUGACGAUUGGCCAGUUCUAAGAACUAUCAAAAAAGUUUCUAUUUUGGUGUUUUUUGCAUCAUCGUAUUGUUUUGGGUGUUCAGAAGCUGGAUUUAUAUUUCUUGGAUUAACAAAUCUUUCUCUCGGUACUUUAGAAGCUGCAAGGCUCUUGAAAAUGUACCAUAAUAAAACAAAUAGUUUUAUUAUAAAAAUCUUAAGCAUUUUACAAUUUAUUGUCCAUUGUGGUGUUUGGAUAUCAAUAUAUUUAUUAAUAAUACCAUUUACGGUUAUUUCAUCAAUUGAAGUUCUCAGUAUGGAAAUGAAUAAUAAAUUACCAUUAGGAACAAUGCUUCUGAGUCUUAUUGUUUUUUAUAUGAUUGAAUUAAGAGACAGUCCAUUAAACAUGUCAACAACAUCUGGAAAUGGAAUAUUUAGGUUGUUAGGAUCAAAAUCAUCAAAAAAAUUAAACAUAACAACUAAAAGACCUGUUGAUAAAUCAAAAGAAAAUGCAAUGAUGUUGUAUCAAACAACAAAGUGUGUUAUGGCCAUGAAGAAAAAAAUAAAGAAGAUGAGAUCAGAUAAAGAAUCUAGAGAAUUAAUAUAAAAAUAUAACCAAUUAAAACAAUAGAAACUAGUGAAUGUUGAAAAUGAAUAUGUAUUUUACACUAUUUUGAUUUUAAAAAUAAUUAAGUAUGAACUAAAUAGUCUUAAAGGUUGUGAGAUUAAUAAUAUUAGUAUUCAAUAAUUGUGUAUAGUUUAAAUUGUAAUAUAUUGUACAUACAUAUUUAUAUUAAAUUAUUAAAUUUUAUUUUAUUUUUUAUAUUA